GCAGUUUUGAGGAAGCAGGCGCACUAGUGCGUUCGGCACAGUACACAGUAAACCAGUCAGACAGUUGCUUGUGGUUAUAUCCUCUAUCCGGUCGCGUUUUUAUUUACCAAAUAUCAUCAGUUUUUUUUUCAUUUUCGUCAUAAAAUAACUGACCUUUCCAUAUACUAAUAAAUGAUCAUAAUAUUCAAUUUUCUUUCUUUUUUUUUUUUUUUUUUUUUUUUUUUAGUUCAUUGCUAACAUUUGAACCUAGCGACUGGUGAAAGGUGGAAGGGUAGAAUAAAGUUCAUUUAUUUCCUCGACUUUUACGUUUACUGUCAAUUGUUGUCGAAUCCUAAUGUUUAUAAUCAAAAAGUUUCUACUACUCAUUUAAAGAUUUCAUGUUAUUUCGUGUUUUACAGUGUAAAUUGUUAUUAAUUUAUUAAAGAUGGGUGUUUAAAUCUGAAACUAAUAUUUCUGUUUAAAACUGAUGAUUUGAAAAUAAAAAAAAAAAUGUAUUGCUGUUUAAAUUUAUAAACUAUAAAAAGUUACUGUCAUACAGAGACACUUUGUAUAAUCGGCCUUAAAAAAAUGACACCACUUGUUACUUACACGAUAGUGUUUAUGGUUAAUAUUUUCUUUCAUUCGAUAGUCGAGGGGAUGGAACCAUGGAAAAAAAGCGAAAAAAAUGGAGAACAAGGAUCAGAAAUACAAUUACCGUGUAUUUUAAAAAGUCCAAAAUGUGGUGGACUUCACAGUAUUAAGUGGUACAGAGGUAGCCAGAGAAUACUCAUAUUCAGUGAAAGUGCUGGGAUAACACGUGGAAAUAAUGAUAUUGCAGCAAGAUCAACAAUGAAUUACAAUCAAAAUGCUACGAAAACAUAUCUAAAAAUAUCAGAUUUAAAACUAGAAGAUGAAGGUUUAUACAAAUGUGAAGCUACGUAUUUAGCUGUGAAUAGGGAGUGUAAUAAUGUACAACAUAUAACUCUCAAUACCACUGUACGUCCUAAAUUUUUACGGAUUACAGAAGAAGAUGAUAAUACAAAUUUAACUUCAGGGACUAUUUUAGGGCCAAUUAAUGAAGGUACAUUAAUGACUUUAAAUUGUGAAAGUGAUCAAGGAAAACCCGUACCAACUGUGGAAUGGUAUAAAGGCGAUAAGAGACUUAAAGCCAUUGGUUCAACAAAGGUCAGAGAAAAUGGGGUUGGAAUAGGAAGUAGUGUGCUACAGUUGCAAGUUGGCCGCAGCGAAUUAGGUGCUACCUUUACUUGCAAAAUCAGCAGUUUGGCACUUGCUGAGCCUCUAACUGUCGACAUCAAACUUGACGUUCACGUAAGACCACUUAAAAUGGACGUAAAAGGUGUGGUAGGACACGUAGUGAGUGGUACUAAAAUUUUACUAGAAUGUAAAGUCAGUGCCGCAAGACCACCAGCAAAUGUUACCUGGUACAACGGAACUGAUUUUCUGACCAAUGAUAAUGACAGAUUCGAAAUGUUUGAAACUAAAAUAGAUGACAAUAGUGAUGGUACAUCUGAAACAAGCAGUUAUCUUGCAUUCACAGCAUCAGAAUACGAUAAUGGUCAGACAUUUAGUUGUUUUGCUGAAAAUUCAGUCACAAGAAUUGAAGGAAUCAAACCAAUGAAAGAAGCUACAACAAUUGAAGUUUUGUAUGCUCCAAUUAUUACUAUGCGGCCAGCCAACAUUACCGUCAAUGAGACUGAAGACUUUGUCAUAAUUUGCAACUACGAAGCCAACCCUGCGGGCUUAACAUCCGUCAAGUGGUUACAAAAUGAUCAAGAGCUGGAAUUAAAUGAAGAUCACUAUGAGGGUGGUGUAACAGAACAGACAUCUCUUACGGUUAAAAAUGCAAGUGCUUCAGACAUGGGCACAUACAAAUGUGUACUUAGUAAUAGCGUUGGAGAGACAACACCUGAAAAUACUGUUGAUGUUUCUGUUCUUUAUAAACCUAUUGUUAAAGUAUUAGUAGAACCAGAAGUACCGAUAAAUGAAGCAGAUCGUUUAAAUGUAUCUCUUACAUGUUAUGCAGUAAAGGGUAAUCCAAUAAAUUUGAAUGCGGUAAGAUGGUAUUUAGACGGAGAUUUAUUAAAAGAAUUACCCGACUGUAAUAUAAAAAAUAAUUCAACAAUAACAUUAAAUAUGGACGAUACUUUAACAUUUUGCGACAUUGAUCCAAGCAAAUUACUAUUGGAGGCAGUUGGCCGUUCAUUUCAUGGAAAUUAUUCUUGUGAGGGUCGAAACGACGCUGGAUGGGGUUUAAUUUCACCAAGUACUCCAGUAAUUGUAUACUAUAAACCUGGUCCAGCUAUGAUAAGCUAUAAACCAAAACGAGUUAUAAAAGGUAGUUCAUUGAAUAUAACUUGUACUGUAACUGAUCCUGGUCGACCAGCGGUGACUGGUUACAAGUGGAUACGUGGGAUGCAUCGUCUUGCUGAUCAAGAAAAAUCAAUUCUUAGCAUUGAUUCAGUUAAUCUCAGGACCAAAGCCAAUUUUACGUGCAUCGCAUAUAAUGAAGCUGGAGACGGUGAUCCAGCUACAACUUUUAUAGACGUUGCCGCACCACCUGCAUUUAUAAAUCCACUUGCACCGUAUCAUGGUUACGUAUACAAUGCAGUGAAUGUUAGUAUCGGAUGUCGAGUUGAGUGCUCACCCAUCUGCAACGUGUCGUGGAUCAAAAACAACGAGCCAAUUAAUUUUACCGUAAUAGAUAGGUAUUAUGUGACCAAUGUAUACCAUCCAGCUGACCAAAGUACUAGCGAUUUUGAGAGUAUUCAGUCUAAUCUCACCUGGAAUUUGGAUAAAUGGCCAAAUAAACAACUUGAUCGAUUUAAAGACAAUGAUAAUUACACAUGUAUUAGUAGUGAUAAUGAUGUUGGUAAAGGAGUACAUAGUACAACUCAUUUUCAAGUUGAAUUCCCGCCAGAAAAUAUGACAAUAUCAAAAAAAAUAAUAGACGUUAUUGUUGACUUUAUACCAGAUAGUGUUAAAUGUGGGGCUGUUGCUCACCCUGAACCAACUUUUCGAUGGUACCGUCAAGGAUCUACUGAAACAAUAUCCCAAAGUCCAGUUCUUGUUUUUGAAACAAAAGUACCUAAACGUAGUAAUGGAACAUAUUUUUGUGAAGCUACUAAUCGACAUGGUACUCUUAAUAUUUCAACAUAUCUCAAUGUCCUUUAUAAGCCAGAGUGCCAAAUAAAUAAAGAGCGUAUUAAUGGUGAAGAUUAUCUGGUGUGUACAGCAGUGGGUAACCCAAAGGAGUCAAACUUUAGUUGGUCAUUGAAGAGUGACAAUGAUUCUCUUGGCCAACUUGCUGAGAUUCGCCAAGGCCAAAGUUAUCUUCUAUUGGACACUGCGGUUACAAACUUUCGUACUUAUGUCUGUAUUGCUAAUAAUUCUAUUGGAUCAUCACUUCCGUGUGAACGUGGAGUACCCGCACGCCAAGGACGUGCAGGCAAUCUUCCAUGGUGGUUUCAAUUAGAGGGUGAUCUUUUAAUAAUUGUCAUUAUAAUAAUCGUCACUGUUGUUAUUGCCAUUGUCGUUUGCUGCGUCAUUGUUUAUUUGAUAUGUCGUCGUAAACAAAUGCACGCGAAAUACAGUAAUCGCAUGGUCACAUUGGAGGAACGUCAACAUCCGGACGGUGGUCCACCGAGCCCGACAGAGUCGAUACGUUCACAUGGACGAUGCUCAUCCCUUCACUCAAACCCAGUUCCACGAUGGCCUUUAAAACCAGGAGUUUUAGUGCACAUUAAUCGCACGCAUAGCCUCAGUUCAGGAUUAAAUCCAGUUCCGCUCUCAACUUCAAAUCAUCAUAUACACACAAUACCACCAACAUUACCAUCGACAACAACAAUAACAGCAGCAGUAGCAACAACAACAACAACAACAGAAACAAUUUCUGCAACAACAGCAGAAAUAACGUCGUCACCAACCACAACUAUGAAUACAAUGAUGACUACUAAUAAAAACUAUAAAGUCGAUCGAUAUCGUACGCGAGGAGAUGAAAUAAUAGUCACUAGACGACCGAUUAAACCAUUUAGACGCGGAAAAAUUAUGACUAUUACCCAAAUGGGUAUUCCUAUACAUAAUAUUGUUCAUGAUGAAGGCAUGAUUGCACGAGCUAAUAGGUUAAAAGCAAUAUUUAGUUCACAACUAAAGGAGCCUGAUUCAUUUCCCGGUAUAUCCAGAGAAAAAACAGCUGUGACUUAUAAAAGAAUAGUACCUCGGCAACGGAUGUCGUACAACACCCCAACACUUGCUGCAUCAAAUUGCGACACCUCCGCCGAUGGCACUGACUGCGGUGGUGGUGGUGAUGUUAACAUAAACGCAAAUUCCAAUGUAUCUCGUAAGCGCAAAAAGCCGGGAGCAGAUCCUGGCCAUCAAGGGAAUAAAAAUAGUCAUAUUGAUAGUGUUUCCGAAGGGUUGCAACCAGAAUCGGAUGGCAAAACUUUUUAUGAAAAUCUUCCAUUUCACGGAAUCCAAACCCCACCAAACAAGCAGCAAAUGAACGAGUAUGAUUAUAAAGAUCAUUAUCAAAAGUAUCAACAGCAAAAACAACAAGAAAUGCAACAAUAUAAAUAUAAUCCAAGCAGCAGUAGUUGCAGUAAUAGCAGUUAUAAUAAUAAUCAACUAACAUUGCCAUUAACAAGGAGUUUAUAUAAUUCUUCGGCAGUUAAUCCUUUGCUAGUUUCAUUAAUUCAAACUAAUCUUACUAAUAAUUUAAAUAGUAGUAAUAUAAUAACUAAUAAAAAAAUACCAUCAACACUGGGACUAUCAUCAUCAGAAUUAACCCUGUCAGCAGGAGUAAAACCAUUUUGUCAAGAAAAUGAUAAAAAUAAUUAUGGUGGUAAUCGUUAUAAAAAUAAUGAUAAUCCAAUAAGCGAAAAUGAUUAUAUUAAUAGAAAUAGUAAUAGUAACAGUAAUAGUUAUAGCAAUAGUAAUAAAAUAAGUGAUAAUACUAUGUCAUUAUCGCAAUCGCUAUUCCAUGGUAAAAAAAUUGAUUUUGAUAGUUGUGAUGGUAAUUUUGAUAAUAAUUAUCAAAUACAAAAUCAACGACAAUCAUCAACAGGACAACGACGUAGUGAACGAAAAAAACAUCGUAAACACGAGCGUGCUAAUGAUCGUAGAAUAAAACACAGACGUUCAUCAGAUGGCCGUAAUAAUUUUAGUAAUAGAUCAUCAACUAAUGAUAUAACAUUAUCAAGUUUAUCAGCGUCUUGUGAAACUAGUUUUGCUCGAAUUCAGGAACUCGGUAUACCUGAAAAUUUUAAAAUAUCAUAUUUAAACUCUUAUCAACAAGAUAAUAAUACCCUUGAUAUAGACUUGCAACAAAAUAAAAAUAAAAAAUUUAAACAAAAUUCAUCAAACUACUAUUCCGAUCAAAUUAUAAAAGAUAAUAAUAAACAAAUAAAUUUUGAGAGCUCUAAAGAGCUAAUAAAUACAUCAACAACAAUAGCGACGAUGACGACAGCGACGACGACGACGACGUUGACGACAACGACAACGCCAACGAUAACAACAACAUCAACAACAACAACAACAACAACAACAACAACAACAACAACAACAACAACAACAGUAUUAGAUUCCGAAGCAGUAAAUUCAACAAUCACUGUCAAUCAAUAUACUCAGCUUGUUAAUAACUUUCGUGAUAUUGGUCAAGAAAUCGAUGUUUAAAAGGACACCCAGCGAGCGAAGAGCGAUACGUAUAUUUACUAAAGAAUGUUUCCGGUUGGAGAAUAUCUAUAUUGUGUAGGAUCCAUGCAUAACACCAUCCCAGCAGCAGCAACCGGACGCUGCAG